AGCCCGCUGAAGGGUCCUAUGAGAUCUACGAGGAGCAUGGUAGCAUUGGUUACCAACUGGGUGGGUGGAAAGGUACCGAAACACUACAAUGGCCCAAACCAUGGUGGAUACCGUACAACUGCAUCUGUACGUAAUCCCUCCAGGUGGCCCUCGCUAUAUAAAACUGACUCUGUCAACAGCACCAGACUAAGAAGUGACAGGUGUUCAGUCCUGUAUCGACGCCAGUUGAAACAUAGGCAAGUCAUUGUGGAAGUCAGCGAAGCCUGCCGAUAUGGUGCUGGCUUGACCAGAGCACAGCAUCAUAUGGGGCUCACCUUUCCAAUCAACAGUACCCACACAUCCAUUCAGCGUUCUGACUUCUGGAAACAGCACCUGAUAAACCAACAAUCUUCAACAACUGCUUCUGUGCUAAUAGUACCUCCUUGACGAUAAUGUAGCAGCAGUGCUGUCAAUUUGACCAGA